AUGGCACCCACACCAUGGGGUGAGUGGAGCAUGGCCCUGUCCCACCUGGCGCUGGGAGUGGUGUCUCUGCACGCAGCCCUGAGCACUGCCCAGGCCAGCCGAGGGGCUGCUGCUGGCUUCCUGCUCCAGGCCGUGGCUGCCGCCACCAUGCUGGUUCCAGGGCUGGGCUCGGAUGAAGAUGGUCUUGCUGGAGCCUGGGUGGCCACUGUCAUUGGCCUGCCCCUUCUGGCCUUCGACUUCCACUGGGUGAAUGGGGACCGCUCCUCUGCAAACCUGCUCCUGGGAGGGGGCAUGGUGCUGGCCGUGGCUGGCGACCACCUGGGAGCGGAGGGCCGUUCAGUGGCCGGUCAGGCGGUGGUGCUGGUGGUGGCGGUUACUAUUCUCAUUGUAGCCGUGUUCACAACCAACACUUACGGCAUGUGGGGGGGCUUGAUGCUGGGUGCUGCAGGCCUACUGGGCCGGCUGGAGGAGGACAGGCUGCUGCUGCUGCCGAAGGAGGACGUCUGCCGCUGGGUCCUGGCCGCGGGCAGUUGGGCCUACCACCGGGCCUUGCACACUCAGCGCCUGCAGUGGGAGUGA